GUCUGUUGGAGCCAGCAGAACAGAACCAAUUUGAACAAGAACCUCGAGAGGAACGACGAACCCUGAGACCACAGCUGCUACAGACCCCAAACACCCCAUCAGCCAAGAGAGACCCUCGCAUCCAGCCUCUACCCUGCUGAACAUCUAGAUCUAAGGUCCCCCAUCCCAUCCUCAUCUCUGCCCCUUCUUCUCAGAAGGAUGGCCGACGCCCAGACACAGGUGGCCCCCACACCAACCAUGAGGAUGGCAACUGCAGAGGACCUGCCCCUCCCUCCACCCCCAGCCCUGGAUGACCUGCCACUGCCACCACCCAAGGAGUCCUUCUCCAAGUUCCACCAGCAGCGGCAAGCUAGUGAACUCCGCCGCCUCUACAGGCACAUCCACCCUGAGCUCCGCAAGAAUCUGGCCGAGGCUGUGGCCGAGGAUCUGGCCGAGGUCCUGGGCUCUGAGGAACCCACUGAGGGUGACGUUCAGUGCAUGCGAUGGAUCUUUGAGAACUGGCGACUGGAUGCCAUUGGAGAUCACGAGAGGCCAGCUGCCAAGGAGCCUGUGCCGGGUGGUGACGUCCAGGCCACCUCCCGCAAGUUUGAGGAAGGCUCCUUUGCCAACAGCACAGACCAGGAGCCAACCAGGCCCCAGCCAAGUGGAGGGGACGUUCGUGCAGCCCGCUGGCUAUUUGAGACAAAGCCACUGGAUGAGCUGACAGGGCAGGCCAAGGAACUGGAGGCCACUGUGAGGGAACCUGCAGCCAGCGGAGAUGUGCAGGGUACCAGGAUGCUCUUUGAGACGCGGCCGCUGGACCGCCUGGGCUCCCGCCCCUCCCUGCAGGAGCAGAGCCCCUUGGAACUGCGCUCAGAGAUCCAGGAGCUGAAGGGUGAUGUGAAAAAGACAGUGAAGCUCUUCCAAACGGAGCCCCUGUGUGCCAUCCAGGAUGCAGAGGGUGCCAUCCAUGAGGUCAAGGCCGCAUGCCGGGAGGAGAUCCAAAGCAACGCGGUGAGGUCUGCCCGCUGGCUCUUUGAGACCCGGCCUCUGGACGCCAUCAACCAGGACCCCAGCCAGGUGCGGGUGAUCCGGGGGAUUUCCCUGGAGGAGGGGUCCCGGCCCGAUGUCAGUGCAACUCGCUGGAUCUUUGAGACACAGCCCCUGGAUGCCAUCCGGGAGAUCUUAGUAGAUGAAAAGGACUUCCAGCCAUCCCCAGACCUUAUCCCACCUGGUCCAGAUGUUCAGCAGCAGCGGCAUCUGUUUGAGACCCGAGCGCUGGACACUCUGAAAGGGGAUGAGGAGGCUGGAGCAGAGGCCCCACCCAAAGAGGAAGUGGUCCCUGGUGAUGUCCGCUCCACCCUGUGGCUAUUUGAAACAAAGCCCCUGGAUGCUUUCAGAGACAAGGUCCAAGUGGGUCACCUACAGCGAGUGGAUCCCCAGGACGGUGAGGGGCAUCUAUCCAGUGACAACUCCUCUUCAGGAGGAGUCAUCUAUCCAGUGACAACAGCACUGCCCUUCUCUCAGAGUGCCCCCCAGAGGGAUGGGCUAAAGGGGGACGUGAAGACUUUUAAGAACCUUUUUGAGACCCUUCCCUUGGACAGCAUUAGACAGGGUGAGGUUCUGGCCCAUGGGAGUCUAAGCAGAGAAGAAGGAACUGAUUCUGCUGGGCAGGCCCAGGGCAUAGGGUCCCCAGUGUAUGCCAUGCAGGACAGCAAGGGCCGCCUCCAUGCCCUGACCUCUGUUAGCAGAGAGCAGAUAGUCGGAGGUGAUGUCCAAGGCUACAGAUGGAUGUUUGAGACACAGCCCCUAGCCCAGCUCGGCCGAAGCCCCAGUACCAUCGACGUGGUGCGGGGCAUCACCCGGCAGGAAGUGGUGGCUGGGGAUGUUGGCACUGCUCGGUGGCUUUUUGAGACCCAGCCCCUGGAGAUGAUCCACCAACGGGAGCAGCAGGAACGACAGAAAGAAGAGGGGAAGAGUCAGGGAGACCCCCAGCCUGCGGCACCCUCCAAAGGCGAUGUGCAGACCAUCCGGUGGUUGUUCGAGACUUGCCCAAUGAGUGAGUUGGCCGAAAAGCAGGGGUCAGAGGUCACAGAUCCCACAGCCAAGGCUGAGGCACAGUCCUGCACCUGGAUGUUCAAGCCCCAACCCGUGGACAGGCCAGUGGGCUCCAGGGAGCAGCACCUGCAGGUUAGCCAGGUCCCGGCUGGGGAAAGACAGACAGACAGACAUGUCUUUGAGACCGAGCCUCUUCAGGCCUCAGGUCGUCCCUGCGGAAGAGGGCCUGUGAGAUACUGCAGCCGUGUGGAGAUCCCUUCAGGGCAGGUGUCUCGUCAGAAGGAGGUUUUCCAGGCCCUGGAGGUAGGCAAGAAGGAAGAACAGCAGCCCCGGGUAAUCGCUGGGUCCAUCCCUGCGGGUUCUGUCCACAAGUUCACUUGGCUUUUUGAGAAUUGCCCCAUGGGCUCCCUGGCAGCUGAGAGCAUCCGAGGGGGCAACCUCCUGGAAGAGCAGCCCAUGAGCCCCUCAGGCAACAGGAUGCAAGAGAGCCAGGAGACUGCAGCUGAGGGGACCCUGCGGACUCUGCAUGCCACACCUGGCAUCCUGCACCAUGGAGGCAUCCUCAUGGAGGCCCGAGGGCCAGGGGAGCUCUGUCUUGCCAAGUAUGUGCUCUCGGGCACAGGGCAGGGACUCCCCUAUAUACAAAAGGAGGAGCUGGUGUCAGGUGAACUUUCCAGGAUCAUCCGCCAAGUCCUGCGCCGGCCAGAUGUGGACCAGCAGGGGCUGCUGGUGCAGGAAGACCCAACUGGCCAGCUCCAACUCAAGCCGCUGAGGCUGCCAACUCCAGGCAGCAGUGGGAGUAUUGAAGACAUGGACCCCGAGCUCCAGCAGCUGCUGGCUUGUGGUCUCAGGGCCUCCGUGGCAAGAACUGGGCUGGUGAUGCAGGAGACAGAGCAGGGCCUGGUCGCACUGACUGCCUAUUCUCUGCAGCCUCGGCUAACUAGCAAGGCCUCCGAGAGGAGCAGCGUGCAGCUGUUGGCCAGCUGCAUAGACAAAGGAGACCUGAGUGGCCUGCACAGUCUGCGGUGGGAGCCCCCGGCUGACCCGAGUCCAGUGCCAGCCAGCGAGGGGGACCAGAGCCUGCCCCCAGCUGAGAGCAUCAUCCAUGUUCCCCCACUGGACCCCAGCAUGGGGAUGGGGCAUCUGAGAGCCUCAGGGCAAGCUAUCCCUUGCCCUCCUCAGUCCAUUGGAAAGGCAGUCCCUCUGGCUGGGGAAGCUGCAGCACCAGCCCAGUUGCAAAACACAGAAAAGCAGGAAGACAGUCACUCUGGACAGAAAGGGAUGGCAAUCUUGGGAAAGUCAGAAGGAGCCACUACUACCUCUCCGGGGCCUGGGGCCCCAGACCUCCUGGCCGCCAUGCAGAGUCUGCGUAUGGCAACAGCUGAAGCCCAGAGCCUGCACCAGCAAGUUCUGAAUAAGCACAAGCAGGGCCCCACCCCCGCAGCCACUUCCAACCCCAUCCAGGACGGUCUUCGGAAAGCUGGGGCUACCCAAAGCAACAUCAGGCCUGGGGGUGGAAUUGAUCCCCGGAUCCCAGCAGCCCCUAGAAAGGUCAGUGGGGAAGAGCAAGCACUACCCAGAGGGCUGCCUGGGGGGUGGGUGACAAUUCAGGACGGCAUCUACACCGCUCAUCCCGUGAGGACCUUUGACCCACCAGGGGGUGUCCAGCCUUCUGAGAGGGAACCCCAGUCAAGGCGCAGGGAGACUGCCCUCUCAGUCCAGGCUCCCCGCCCACUCCAGGGAGGCCCAGGUCAGAGUACUGGGCCAGGGCGGGAGGAGCCUGGGGGCCGCGCACAGAUGGCCUGGGGGCCUCCAGGGAAGUUGAUGGCAGAAGUCUGCCCAGGGGACCUCCAAGCUGCAGAGACCACCCUGAAGACUGCCCCUCUAGGCAGCCACAAUCUGGCCUCUGGGCCCCAAGUCGCAGGUGCCAGCCCGCACCCCCAUAAUGCCUUUGUUCCUCCUCCUCCUACUCUCCCAGCUGCUGUGACAGGACCUGACUUUCCAGCCGGAGCCCGCCGUGACGAGGACUCCAUCCAGCAGGCCUCUGAGCCCCUGAAGGACCCCCUUCUUCACCCCCACAGCAGCCCUGCUGGCCAGAAAACCCCUGGAGGGUCACAGACAAAGACCUCAAAACUGGAGCCCACCAUGCCCCCAAAGAAGAAGCCACAGCUGCCCCCUAAACCUGCACACCUAACCCAGAGCCACCCUCCUCAGAGGCUGCCCAAGCCCUUGCCUGUAUCUCCCAGCUUUUCCUCAGAGGUGGGGCAAAGGGAACACCAACGAGGUGAGACAGAUGCAGCCAUCCCUCAGCCAGUCAAGGUUCCCACCACUGUAGGCCAGGGCCACAUACCUCUGGCCAGAUGCCCCAGUGGACAUAGCCAGCCCAGUCCCCAACAUGGCUUCAGCACCACGGCACCCAGGCCCACCAACAAUCAGGCUACAGGCAGCAAUGCCCAGAGCUCUGAGCCCCCCGAGCUCAAUGCCCUCAACUGUGAUCCCACCUCACUGCAGUGGGGCCCCAGCACCUCAGGAGAGCAGCCCAUGGAAGGUUCCCACCAAGGGGCCCCUGAGAGCCCUGAGAGUCUGCAAAGAAACCAGAAAGAGCUCCAGGGCCUCCUGAACCAGGUGCAAGCCCUUGAGAAGGAGGCUGCAAGCAGUGUGGAUGUGCAGGCCCUGCGGAGGCUGUUUGAGGCUGUGCCCCAGCUGGGAGGGGCUGCUCCUCAGGCUCCUGCUGCCCACCAAAAACCUGAGGCCUCAGUGGAGCAGGCAUUUGGGGAACUGACACGGGUCAGCACGGAGGUCGCUCGACUGAAGGAACAGACCUUGGCAAGGCUGCUGGACAUUGAAGAGGCUGUGCACAAGGCACUCAGCUCCAUGUCUAGCCUCCAGCCUGAGGCCAGUGCCAGCGGCCACUUUCAGGGACCUCCAAAAGACCACAGUGCCCACAAGAUCAGUGUCACAGUCAGCAGUAGUGCCAGGCCCAGUGGCUCAGGCCAGGAGGUCGGGGGUCAAACUGCAGUCGAGAACCAAACCAAGGUUGGAUGCCACACUGAGGCCCAGAGUCAAGUCAAGAUCAGAAAUCACACAGAGGCCAGAGGUCACGCAGCCUCAACUGCCCCUUCCACUAGGAGGCAGGAGACAUCAAGAGAAGAUUUGUGCCUCCCUCGGGUCUUACCUUCCAGUCGAGAUUCGCCCUCCUCCCCAACAUUUAUCUCCAUCCAGUCAGCCACAAGGAAGCCUCUAGAGACUUCUAGCUUUAAGGGUAACCCUGAUAUCUCAGUGAAAAGCACACAAGCGGCUCAGGACAUAGGCCAGGCCCUGCUCCACCAGAAAGGUGUCCAAGACAAGGCUGGGAAGAAGGACAUCACCCAGUGCUCUGUGCAACCUGAGCCUGCCCCUCCCUCAGCAAGUCCCCUGCCCAGAGGGCGGCAAAAGAGUGUUCUGGAGCUACAGACUGGGCCAGGGAGCUCACAGCACUAUGGAGCCAUGAGAACCGUGACUGAGCAGUAUGAGGAGGUGGACCAGUUUGGGAACACAGUCCUCAUGUCUUCCACCACAGUCACCGAGCAGGCAGAGCCACCCAGGAGCCCAGGCUCCCACCUUGGGCUCCACGCCUCCCCCUUGCUGAGGCAGUUCCUGCACAGCCCAGCUGGGUUCAGCAGUGACCUGACAGAAGCUGAGAUGGUGCAGGUGUCCUGCAGCUACUCCCAGCCAGCUACCCAGUGAGGCCCACCGCCUCCCACCACACCUGCCACCUGUUCCUGGCCUCCAUUGCCCCAGGACUGAGGUGGGUGCCUGCCUCCUGCACACUGGAGCAAGGACCAAGAGGAAAGGGCAUCUUCAGAGGAUUACUGUGGGCCAUUUCCCUUUCAUCACUUCUUUCAGUAGGCCCAGUUCUUCCGAAUGGAAAAAGAAAGGUCUGGAAGAGGCCCACUGAGUAGCACAGGCGUGGGGGUAGGACGGGGGCUCCCAGCUACGUCCUUGUGGAGGAUGUAAUAUGUACAGACACACACAUGUUUCUCACACAGGCCUGGCCCAUGCAUGGACAUGUGUGAAUCUGCACACCACUGCCUGAGUUGGAGUCCCCCAGAGUGUCCCUCUACCCAGAGUUUUAAUUUUUUUUUUAUUAGUCUGAAUGCUCCCAGCCAUCUGCUCCUUAAUCUCUGGAGAGGAACAGAGCCAACUGGACACAGCGUUGGUCUCUGUUUGGAAUCACUGUGAGGUCUCCAGAAGGACCUGGCCGCCAGCCCCUUCAUCACCAUCUCCAUCAUUCAGCUGGUCAUCUGGUGGCCCAAGGGUCACACAAAGAGUCAGCAAUCAGCAUAUCCCUAGAAGCCAAAUGCACUGCCUUUCUCUGUCCCCACAACUGUCCCCCACUCUGCACCCCAAAUGGGAAGCAUACGGUCUGAAUAAAUCCAAGUUUUAUUCUCUA